GCCCAGCCGAGCGGACUCCCCCCGGGGCCGCGCUGCAGUCCUCCGCGCUCCUCCUAUCAUGCCACCGGCCCGGGCAGGGGCCGCCCAAGCAGCCAGGACAUCAUGCCCGAGGGCGGCGGUGUCGACAGCGGGGAGGUGCCUGAGCUCAUUCCGGACGGCGAGCAGCUGCGGGAGGAGCAGCGGCCCCUGAAACAGUCCCUGGGAAGCUCCCUGUGCCGCGAGUCGCACUGGAAGUGCCUGCUCCUCACGCUGCUUAUCCACGCCUGUGGUGCUGUGGUGGCCUGGUGUCGCCUGGCCACAGUACCGCGGCUGGUCCUGGGGCCCGAGGCAGCCUUGGCCCGCGGGGCUGGGGGCCCUCCACCCACCUACCCAGCCAGCCCCUGCUCCGAUGGCUAUCUAUACAUCCCACUGGCCUUUGUCUCCCUCCUCUACCUCCUCUACCUGGCUGAGUGCUGGCACUGUCACGUGCGCUCAUGCCAGGCGCCACGCACUGAUGCCAAUACCGUGCUCGCCCUGAUCCGCCGGCUGCAGCAGGCACCACCCUGUGUCUGGUGGAAGGCCACCAGCUAUCACUACGUGCGUCGCACACGCCAGAUCACCCGCUACCGCAAUGGCGAUGCCUACACCACCACACAGGUCUACCACGAGAGGGCUGACAGCCGCACGGCUCGUGGCGAGUUCGACUACUCAGCCCACGGCGUCCGUGAUGUCUCCAAGGAGCUCGUGGGCCUGGCUGACCACGCAGCCACGCGGCUACGCUUCACCAAGUGCUUCAGCUUUGGCAGUGCCGAGGCCGAGGCCUCAUACCUCACUCAGAGAGCCCGCUUCUUCAGCGCCAACGAGGGCCUGGACGAUUACCUGGAGGCCCGCGAGGGCAUGCACCUGAAGGACGUGGACUUUCGCGAAUCCCUCAUGGUCUUUGCUGACCCCCACAGCCCACCCUGGUACGCCCGCGCGUGGGUCUUCUGGCUUGUGUCGGCGGCCACACUCUCUUGGCCACUGCGUGUCGUGGCAGCCUACGGCACAGCCCACGUGCACUACCAGGUGGAGAAGCUAUUUGGCGCCAGCUCACCCCCGCCAGGGGCUAUGCCCAGUGGGCCCCCACUCUCCCGUGUGGCAACGGUGGACUUCACCGAGCUCGAGUGGCACAUCUGCUCUAACCGGCAACUAGUGCCCAGCUACUCGGAGGCUGUGGUCAUGAGCGCUGGCUCAGGCGCCUACCUCCGUGGCUGCCAGCGCUGCCGCCGCUCUGUCAGCAGCAACUCCAACUCGCUGCCCCCUGCCCGGCCCAGUGGGCCCCGCCUGCCCUUCAGCCGCAGCCGCCUCUCACUAGGAGCUGGAGGCCGGGCCACACCAGGGGUUUUCCGCAGCCUGAGUGGGGGGCCCCUGGGGCGCCGUGGAGAGGACACGGAGCCUCUGGAGAGCCCACCAUGCUACGAGGACGCCCUUUACUUCCCGGUGCUCAUUGUCCAUGGGGACAGCGGCUGCCAGGGGGAUGGGCAGGGGGCGCUCUGAGACCCCCAUGGCCCCCAGAGUGGCCCCCUCCUCACCAUCUCACCAUUGGCUUAGAUGCCUGAGGAUUCGUAAAACAGGAGGGAAAACAGACCAGCCACAUACAAGGGGUGGGAGUUGGGGUGGGGUUCCUUAAACAGACUAAAAUGCAGUGACCCGUGGUUAUUUUAGGGGAAAGGAUGCCACCUACGUUGAGUCCCCAGCAUGGCUCCCCCCACCAGGUCCCACCCCCUGUGAUGGCAGGUGAUCUGGCUUGGGGACCUCUCAUGCUGGGCAGGAGAGGAAGAUUCCGGAAAGGCCGGGAUGGGGACCGAGUCCGGGGGACAGCUGUUGACUGCAGCAGAGGGCUGCCUGUGGACUCUGCCUAGUCCUGGCUGAAGCCACACUGGAAGCCCUUGAGCAACUCAGAAGCACAAAUUGGUGGUUUGGGGCCAUGCCCAACUGGGCUGGCCUUCCCGAAUCUAAGAGCUGGCUAUGGUAGCACCGUGGCCUUGGCCCCACUCCCUGCCCCAAAUUCCCAUCUUCCUCCCCUGAUAGGUCCCUCCCCGCAAGCCCUCUUUCCUCAGCUCAAGGCCAGUCCCUGAUUGGACCCUGCAGUGCAGCCUCCUCCACUGGGUGCCUGGUCCUCGGAGCACAACCCUCCCCACUUUAACCCCCAUGAUUUUCCCCCUGGUGCCCACUACACUGUCCCCAUCCAGCUACCUUACAACCCAGGGUUCCCACCAUGGCCCCCACACCCUGUGAUCUCUGCUUCUGCCUCCCAACAUCUGUGCCUCUGUCCGCCAUGCACAUGCCCCUAGCUUCUCUGUCACUCCCCCCAGCUUUUCUGCUCUUCACCUUCCUGAUGAUCCUCGGGACCCAGGGCCACAGGGCAUCCGAGGGGCCCUGGCCUCAGUCACAGCCUCUUGGACGAUGCCCUGGCUCUGUCAUGGAGGACUCUGCCUCACCCAUCGGUGGGGCCUGGCCCAGAGGACCCAGCCCCUCCCCAGGGAGGAGAGAGUAGUCCCUUCCCUUCCAACUGGGGCUUCCACCCCCUCUCAGGGGCCGGUGGGGGAGGGAGGAGGCAGAGAAGAUGCAGAUUAAAUAAAGGUAUUAAAUGGAA